AAAAAAAAGAGGAUGUACAUUAUAUGCAAAUUACUCUAUAUAGCUAUAUUCUCUCUAUUAUCAGCAGCUCCACCUUAUUUUUCACUAUAUUUUCAUAAUGUUCUUCAGUUUUCUUCGGAUCAAAUAGGCUUUAUUCUUGCUAUUGCGCCUUUUAUUCAAUCUAUUGCAUGUCCUAUUUGGAGUUAUAUAGUAGAUAAGCAUUCUGCGUUACAUGGUCCAAUCAUGGCUAUCACUAGUCUCCUUGGUGGUUCCGGGAUCAUGUCUAUCAUGGUCAUCGGACACUCUGUUUCAUCUGAAGAAGUCAUACCGCAAACAUUUAUAGGUUUACUUUCUUCUCUACAAUUAAGUAAAUCCAUGUCGUUUACCUUAACAUCAUGUUUUACCUUGGCAUUUGCAUUUUUUACUUUACCUAAUAUUUCUUUGGUUGAUAGUGCUGUCAUGAAAAUACUGGGUCCUAAUAAAAUUUUAUAUGGUGAACAAAGAUUAUGGGGAUCCAUCUCUGCAGGUUUAACCAUUCUAAUUGUGGGGCAGUUAUUAUCUUUUACAAAUAAUUUUGAUGUUCUUUUUUAUGUAUUUGGUGUUGGAACUAUCUUUUUUAUGAUAUUUUCAUGUUAUGUCAAUGUGAAUCAAUACUACAUGUCCUCUAUACCUGAAUCUUCAUUACGUGAGUCAUCUUUACUAGAAGCUGCCCCAAACCAUCAUACUCUUCAUCACAGUAAUGCACUAGCAAGAGAUUCAUCAGAGAAACCUUUAUUAGGUGGUAACAAUAGUCAUAUGUUACCCGCCAACACUUAUAAUAGUAUUUCUUCUGAUGUAAAUAAUGGUCAUCAGUAUGUUGAACUCUUCAAGUCAAGUAGCAUUGCUUCCUCUGGACAUAAUACGAUUCGAGAAGAGGCUGAUAAUACAUUGGAUGCGUUAGGUUAUCCUGAUCUUGGUCUCUCCAUUUCUCGUAUUGCAUCUGUUGAUCCUUCUAUUGUUGAUGGUCUUAAAAAUAUACACACAGAAGGUCUCCCGACUGCUAAGAAUGCUAUUCGAUCCAUUCGUGUCUUGACUUUUCUAACAACUGCUCUCUUUUUUGGCUUGGUGUUAUCCAUUAUUGUUAACUUCUUAUUCUUAUUUCUUAGUCAAGAUUUACAUAUGCCUGCUAGUUGGAUUGGUUGGACAGGUUUAGUAACUGGUAUAACUGAGCUACUUAGUUUUUGUUUUUCUAAACAGUUGACUGAAAAAUUUGGUGUAACAAAAAUGAUCUUUAUAGCACAUUUGGCUACAAUUAUACGUUGUCUAGCAUAUACUAUUUUAAAACCUGACUCAUAUAUUACAAAUGUCUGUGCAUUAUCACUUCAGGCAUUUCAUGGUAUUGGUUUUGGUAUCUUUUGGGCUACAGCUGUGAAUGAAGUAGAUGGUUUUUUUCCUCCUGAACAAAGAUCUGUUGCGCAAGGUAUUUUGGGGGCUCUUCAUUUUGGCCUCGGCGCAGGUUUAGGAGCGUUAGUAGGAGGUUAUAUGUAUGAAUAUUUGGGCCCUGUAUAUAUGUUUCAAAUUGCAGCUGGUAUGGCGGUACUAAAUUUGGCUGUAUUUUAUAUAGGUAGAUUAGAUAAAUUUAAAUAACAUUAU